AUGUCCGAAUAUCUCGGCUGGAGAAACCGAAAACCGGGGCCUGGUCGGAAUCGCGAUUCGGACUUUGAUAGGGAGAUCAUUCCGGGCGGGGCACAUACGAAAAGUUAUGAAAGCUACGUCAGGAACAUUUUCCAUCCUACGAAUCGUCUCAGAGCCAAGGACAAGGACCAACUAGUUCGUGACCAUGGAUUGUCGGCCACUAGCAUCCUUCGAGCUGAACGCGAAUUCGGACGACACGCUCUUGACGAGAAGUAUGACAGAGAGCACUUCUUCGAGAAGAUGCCACUCGAGAAUUUCUACGCCGAGCUGGGAAUCAAGAACCCAACUUCCACCAACUAUCGUGCCUACCAAGUGUACGAGCCGAAGUCGUCUUCAGAAUACUUCGCGGCCACUUAUGAAGCGGAACGAGAGAGAAGAAAAAAGGAUUUGGACCGGGAACUGGCGUCGUACGACAAGGAAGAGUAUGAGGAGAUGACUGGAGAGCCCAAGAAGAACUUGUACUCAUCGCUGUCCAGUUAUAGAGCACCACUAACCAGCUACAAAACCCGCGCCGAUGAAGAAUAUGAACGAGACAAUAAGACUACCCUGAUUGAUUAUAAGGAUUUUGAUAGCUCCCCACUCUCCCCAUAUCUCUAUCAAUCUCAUCCCUACGUUCGCAGCCAAGACUCCAGAAUCAUCGGAUCGAAUUUCGUUCAACUAACAUCCCGCCCAAAAGACAAGUUCCUUUCAAAAAUCGAUGAGACCUUGGCGAUGGUCCGUGAUAUGCCAAGAUACUAG